UUUCUAGUUUCUACUUUAGAAAAUUGAAAGGUUGAAAGUUGAAAGAAAUCACAAUUCACACACGCUAAGAAAUCCAUAAAAGAAGAGCAAGAAGAGAAGUAGCAAGAUAUAAGAAUCAAAGAAAAAGAUGGGAUCAGAAACGUUUGUGGAAGUCAUACUAGCAAUUUUGCUGCCACCUCUUGGCGUCUUUCUUCGUUAUGGCAUUGCGGUUGAGUUCUGGAUUUGUUUGCUAUUGACGAUUUUGGGUUAUAUUCCAGGCAUAAUAUAUGCUCUUUACGUGCUUGUUGCAUGAGUUGGUGACAUGAAAUUUCUACUUCAUUAAUUUUGUAAUUAUAUGGAGAAAAAAUGUAUUCUGGUAGUGUUAUCUUUCAAUUCCUUAUCUUUGGGUGUUAUAUUCUGUUUUUUGCAUUAAUAUGUAUGGAUUUAGUUUUUUUGUACUAGUAUUUGUGGUGUGUAAAGUAUACAUAUUAUGCAAUAUGUAGAUUCAGAUUUGGUUA